AUGCAACCCUCACCACCCUUACAAGACGGCAGGGGCGUUGCGCGCCUGUGCCCCGGUGCCUGGAGGCUGGCUGCUGGAGCUCUGCGUCUCUUGCAGGACUUCGAAACGGCGGUGCGGGAGAACGUCACCAUCGACGGGCAGCCCUGGGAGGAGGCCGCGGAGGGCUCCGAGCUGCAGAGCGGUUCCAGCAUUAAAAUUCUAGAAGAUCAAUUUGAUGAACUAAUAGUAGAGACAGCAACAAAGCGUAAGCAGUGGCCUAAAAAGAUACUGAUGCAUGCUAUCCAAACCAUGAAAGCAGAGCAAGAGAUGUUGAAGCUCUACCAGCCUGUCGUGACACCAGAAGAGAUAAGAUCGCAGCCUUCUCGAGAUGCUUACAUCGCAGAUCUGAAGCAGGUGGCAGAAAUGACAUCCAAACAGAUCAGUGGAGCAAUGAAGUCUCUCCCAGCGCUGAUAGAAAGAGCAGAAGGUUUUUCCCAAGCGUUGACUUUGCAGCCAGUCUUGGAACUCUGCAAGCUGCGGCAAGAAGUCUUUGCCGAUUGCAAGGUGAAGGAGGAAAAUAGUGUCCAACAUUUUGUAUCACCAGGAGAAGUCACGCCAACAGACGCCGAUACCGGUAAAAAUCCUUGUGUUUUGCUGAAAAGAAAAAAACCUGCAGAUUCACCAGAAAGAAGACGUUACCCGCUUCGACGGAGGAAAAUUACUCUCAGUGCAUGA